UUCAGGCAGAUGGUGGGAGAGGCAGGCUGAGGAGCAUGAACUGGAGAUUCUACUUCAGCUACCUAAGGCUUACCCACUGGAAGCCUUGGCCUUGGCCCAGAAAAUCAAUGUUUAAACUUGCUCCCUUGAGGUCAUCUGAUGAAGGCAAUUUAAAGGCUCUUCCCCCAGGCAGCAGAUUUUCACUGUACUGCAUUUUACUUGUAUAAUUCCUCCUUUGUCCAACCUUCAUUUUUCAAAGAUAUUUUACUUUCUGUACUUCACCGAGAUAUUUCAAGAAAAGAGUUUUGUAAACCAAAAACUAUCCCAGAAAUGUGAGGGACAAUUACAAACCAUUGCUGGGUCUAACAACUAGAAACCAUUAAGGAAUUCCCUUUUAUUCUGGAUGCUUGUCCAAAGUUCCUGACUGUUUAAUUCUGGAUUAAAUUCUAGUAUCUCUCUAAAAAUGAGAAUAAAAGGGUGUAUAAUAUGAAUCAGGUACGGGACAGACAUUUAUUUCCUAUACACAAAAGAAAUGCUAACUACAAAACCCAAGGGUACAAUGGUAAAACAACUUAAAAUAUAAUUCAGUAACUUUUAACUAUUGUUAUACUUUUCCAAGAUGUUAACACUUAAACCUCAUCAGGACUGAAAGCAGUCUCUGGAACUGCUGAAUAGGUAUUAUUCUAUUUCACUGUUGUUAAUCACUGGUCUUAUUAGAGAUCUUUCAGCAAAUUCGACUCAUCUAACUGGUGGGGAUGGGGUGAAUAGGUAGCUAGGUGGGUCAUAGGGAAAGGCAAUUUAUCUUUUCCAAUUAUAUAUAAAAAUAAUUUUCAGCAUUCAUUUUUAUAAGAUUUUGAAUUCCAUUUUUUUCCCCCUUCCUUCCUUCCUUUCUUCCUCCCCAAGACAACAAUCUAACAGACUAUACAUGUACAAUCAUAUUAAACUUUUCCCACGUUAGUCAGGUUAUGAAAGAAACAGAAUAAAAGAGAGAAACCAUGAGAAAGAAAAAAAGGUGAAAAGAGUAUACUUCAAUCUACAUUCAGACUCUUUUCUCUAGAUAUGGACAUCAUUUUCCAUCAUGAAGUUAUCUUGGAUCAUUGCAUUGCUGAGAAGAUCUAAGUUGGUGAUCUCACCAUAUUGCUGUUAUUGGCUCUGUUCGCCUGGUUCUGUUCAUUUCACUCAGAAUUGGUUCAUAUAAAACUUUCCUAAAUAUAAUAAUAAUAAAAUAAUGAAUAAAAUAAAUAAAAAUAAUAAAACAAAAUAAAUUAAAAAAAUAAAAAACAAAACUAGGGGCAGCUAGGUGGUGCAGUGGAUAGAGCACCACCCCUGAAGUCAGGAGGACCUGAGUCCUUAGACACUUAACACUUUCUAGCUGUGUGACCCUGCCUCAAAAAAAAUCCCCACAAAACAAAAAAUGCUCCACAAAACAAACAAAAAAACCCAACUUUCCAGGUUUUUCUAAAAUUUGCGUGCUCCUCAUUUCUUAUAGGGUAAUAGUAUUCCAUCACAUUUUUAUACCACAACUUGUUCAACUUGCCCAAUGGAUAGGCAUUCACUCAAUUUUCAAUUCUUUGCUACCAUAAAAAGAGCUGCUAUAAACAUUUUUCUACAUGUGGGUCCUUUUCCCUUUUUUUUAUGAUCUCUUUGUGAAGCAGACCUAAUAAUGACAUUGCUGAAUCAUAGGGUACAGUUUUCUAGCCCUUUGUGCAUACGUCUAAUGUCUGGGUCAGUUCACAACUUCAUUUAACGAUGCAUUAGUGUUCCAUUUUUCCCACAUCUUCUACAAUAUUUAUCAAUUCCCUUCACUGUCUGAUUAGUUCAUAUAAUAGAGAUGAGGGGAUACUUUGGAGUUGUUUUAAUUUGCAUUUCUUUAAUCAAUUGUGAUUUAGAGCAAUUUUUGGUAUUAUAGAUAGCUUUAAUUUCUUCCUCUGUAAACAGCCUUUCAUAUUCUUGUAUUCUAAUAAAUUUGACUCAGUUUUCUAUAUAGUUUAGAAAUGAGGCCUUUAUUAGAAAUACUGGCCAAAAAAUUGUUUUCUAGCUUUUUGCUUUCUUUUUUUGUAUGUGUGUGGCAAAGACAUUUUUAUUUUUAUUUAUUUUUAUCUUUUAAAAUUUUAAUAGAUUUUAUUUUCCUAAAUAACAUGUAUUGAUAGUUUUCAACAUUCAAUUUUGUAAAACUUUGUGUUCCAAAUUUUUCUUGAUCUCUCCCUUACCUCUCUCCUCCCCAAGACAGCAAACAAUCUGAUAUAGGUUAAAUAUAUUCUGUUUACUUUCUAAUUUUGGUUACAUUGGUUUGGGUUGUGCAAAAUCUUUUAAAUUUUAUGUAAUCACAGACCUAGCUCCAAUGAUCUUGUGAUGAAGAGAGCCAUCUACACCCAGUGAGAGGACUGUGGGAACUGAGUGUGAUUUACAACAUAGCAUUUUCACUCUUUUUAUUGGUUUGCUUGCAUUUUAUUUUGUUUCUCUUUUUUUUUCUUGUUUGAUUUGAUUUUUCUUGUGAGACAAGAUAAUUGUAUAAAUACGUAUGCACACAUUGGAUUUAACAUAUAUUUCUACCAUAUUUAACAUAUAUAACUGCUCGCCAUCUAGGGGAGUGGAUAGGGGAAGGGGAGGAAAUUGGAACACCAGGUUUUACAAGGGCUAAUAUUGAAGAAUUGUCCAUCCAUAUGUUUGGAAAAAUAAGAAGCUUUAAUAAAGGGAAAAAUAAAAAAUGAAUGACAAAAAAUUAAUAUAAUUAUCCAUUUUGUAUUUCACAAUGUUCUCUAUCUCUUUUGUAUUUCAUAAUGUUUGGUCAUAAAUUCUUCCCUUUUCUGUAUAUUUGACAGGUAAGACAUUUCUUAUUCUUUUAAUUUGCUUAUGGCGUCACCUUUUAUGUCUAAAUUAUGUUAUCUUAGUAUGGGGUCUAAAAUAUUGGUCUAUGUCUAUUUUCUGCCAUAUUAUUUUCCAGUUUUCCCUGCAACUUUUGCCAAAUAGUGAAUUCUUAUCCUGGAAACUGAAGUCUUUGGGUUUAUCAAAAAGUAGAUUACUAUAAUCACUUAUUAUUAGUGCCUUAUAUAUCUAACCUAUUCUACUCUCCUAAUAUCUACCUAAUCUACUACCUCUCUAUUAGCCAGAACCAAGCAAGCCACUCCCUUUUAAAAGGCUCACUGAAUAAUUGACUCUUCCUGUUGAAUGGAUAAUGGAUUGCUUCAUCCUCCAAGAACUCAAAUGCUGAGCUAAUUCAUGGGAUUGGCUGCAAGUAGAAACGGAAUCCCUGCUUCCCCUGGUUAUAUGAGUUAUUAUUAUUGUUUUUUUAAUCAUCAAUAUUAUUAUUGUACAUGAGCAGAAAACAGCUCAUGAGGAAUCAAGGUUUAGUUCCCACUCUUAACUCACGGUAUGAUCUUAAAAAUGUCAAUUCCCCUCUUGACCUCAGUUUCUAUAAUAUAAUAAUAAAAACACUCUUUUAUAGUGCUUUAUGAUUUUUAAAAGGAACAGAUAGAUGCUGCAGUGGAUAGAAUACCAGCAUUGGAGUCAGACUCAGACACUUAACACUUCCCAGCUGUGAGAUCUUGGGCAAUACCCUUAACCCUAAUUGCCUCACUUAAAAAAAAAAAAAAAGCCUUUAUAAAGUAUUUGACCCACAAUCACACUGUGGUAGGUAUUAUUAGUCUCAUUUCAAAGAUGAGAGAAUUGGGGUUGCAGAGUGACCAAUUUAUUUCUGAUCACAUAGCUAAAUAGGUAGUAUGUGAACUCAGCUGAUCUGCCCCUAGAGCACCAGCCUCAAUGGAACCCUUAGGUUUUAUGUGUCCAGAUCUUCUCCACCUUGGGCUCUGUCCCUUUAUGGUUGUGCUAAUAGUUUUAGCUUUAAUGCUUCUUUAAUGCUUAUUCUGAAAUAAUUCUUUAAGGAAAAACCACUGACUUCUGCUUUCCUUUCUGUCUGUUUUAGAUGUAACCCUGAUCAGAAAGAGAAUGGGGACUGAAUUUGAAUCCUACUGUGUGACAUCGGACAAAUCAGGUAAUCUCCCUGGGCCUUUGUCAUCUAUAAAAUGAAGUCUCUUUCAGUUCUACAACUGUGCUCCUGUGUCUCUAGUGCUAAUAUAUAUUUAUUUAUAAUAGACACUUUGAGCCCACUUUUAAAUACUGAGAUUUCUGUUCCAUCCCUAUAUACCAGACCUUCUUUUCUUUCUUUUUUUUUUUUUUAUUUAAUUUUAUUUAAUAAUAACUUUGUAUUGACAGAAUCCAUGCCAGGAUAAUUUUUACACAUCAUUAUCCCUUGCAAUCACUUAUGUUUCAUUUUUUCCCCUCCCUCCCUCCCCCCCCCCAAGAUGGCAAGCAGUCCUAUAUAUGUUAAAUAUGUUGCAGCAUAUCCUAGAUACAAUACAUAUUUGCAGAACCGAACAGUUCUCCCGCUGCACAGGGAGAAUUGGAUUCAGAAGGUAAAAAUAACUCGGGAAGAAAAUCAAAAAUCAAAUAGUUCACAUUCAUUUCUCAGUAUUCCUUCUUUGGGUGUAGCUGUUUCUGUCCAUCAUUUAUCCAAUGAAACUCAGUUAAGUCUCUUUGUCAGAGAAAUCCACUUCCAUCAGAAUACAUCCUCAUACAAUAUCGUUGUCGAAGUGUAUAAUGAUCUCCUGGUUCUGCUCAUCUCACUUAGCAUCAGUCCAUGUAAACCAGACCUUCUUUUCAAAGAGUUAUAGAAUCCCUGAGCUGGAAGGGAUCUCACAAGUCACUUAGUCUUUUUAUGUUUUACACCAUCUACAUAUUCCUCACCCAAGAUCCUCCAUCCCUUAGCUUUGAACAUUUUGCCACCUACUGUUCUUCAAAGUUCUAGCUCUUCAUUUCUGCCUUCUUGAUUCCUUGACAUCAAGUUCUAACUAAAACCCUAUCUUCUCAAUCUUUCUUAUCCAAGUGCCUUCUUUCAAUUAAUUAUCUCCUACUUUUCCUGUGUAUGGUUUGUUUAUACAUAUUUAUUUACUUGUUGUCUUUUUCAUUUGAUUGGCAAGCUCCCUGAGGUCUUAGUGUUUGGCAUGUAAUAAGAGUUUAACAAAUGCUUAUUGAUGGAUUGAUCUAGUUUAACACGUAGCUAAAGCCUGGAUAUUCUCCUAUCCUCAUCUCCAUCCCCCACCACAUUCCCGACAGGUUUUGUGCUUGACAGCUUUAAGUGACGGGAAACUCAUCACCUAGUUCUUUCCCUCUGAGAUUAUCUCCCAUUUAUACUUCAUAGAUUUUUAAUGUAUCAAUUUAGUUGUUUGCAUGUUACCUACUCUGUUAGAAUGUGAGGUCCAUGACAGUAGGAACUGUUUUUGCCUUUCUUUGUGUCUCCAAACCUUAGCAUUGUGCCCGGCAUAUAGUAGCCACUUAAAUCUUUGUUGUUUUCUCUAGGGAAUCCCAUCUAAAUUCUGCAUAUUUCUGGUUCUUCUUUAUUAUUGUGUUGAAAUUUCCCUCCAAAGUAACAAAAUCUUCCCAUCUUCUAUUUUUCCUCCCCAGGGUUAAUCUGAACAAGUCCAAUUACCCAUAGGUAGUAGAAAUUCUUUUCUGGGGGUCAAUAUCUCCUUUCAAAUGCUCAUGUUUAAAGUAAUGUAGACUGAAGACCAGGGUGGGGCAGGCCAUGAACAUGAUGGGACUGUGCAUGUUGAAAUCUGCUCCUCUGCCUGGAGAGAAGGCGGGCCAAAUGUGAUCCAGAGAAGAUAACCCAGAAGUCCCUGCUGUGGAUGUGCGGCCAGCGGCUGCCGGAGCAAUGCGAACCAACCAACUCGUGAAAUAUAUUUUGUUUAUUUCUUGUUACCUCUUCUGGGUAGCCAGUGGUCUAAUGAUAGCCAUGGGUUUGUAUGCAAAGCUCUCCAAAGAAUCAGGUGCUGUGGAUUCCCUGCUGGCAGAGCCUUCUCUCAUUGUCAUCAUUGUGGGGAUCCUCACAUUCAUUGUCACCUUUGUGGGGUGUACUGGUGCCCUUAGGGAUAUACCCUUGCUGCUGAAAAUAUUUGCUGUCAUCUUGCUGUUGAUCUUCAUGCUCCAGGUCGUGGCUGUGGGAGUAGCCUUUCUCUUCUCUGGCCAGGUGAUGGAUAAGGCUGCAUUUCUCAUGGGAAAAGCCAUAGCCAGCUACCGGGAUGACCUGGAUUUGCAAAAUCUCAUUGACUACAUACAGAAGAAGUUUGAGUGCUGUGGAGUGCGUUCCUACAAAGACUGGUCCCAGAAUGAAUAUUUUGACUGUAGCAUCUCCAAUCCAAGCUUGGAACGUUGUGCUGUCCCUUUCUCCUGCUGCAUCCCUGAGGAGGAACAGAAUUUUCUUAAUACCAUGUGUGGCUAUGGGACCCAGAAUCUGAAAGCCUGGAAGGCAGAAAGUUUGAUCUACACAGAGGGUUGUUUGGAGAAGAUAGUCACUUGGGGACGGAGUAACCUAUAUCUGAUCGCUGGAUUGGCUCUGGGCCUUUUGGCAAUGGAGGUUAUUGUCUUCUCUUUGGCUGUGACGCUAAUUUACCAGAUCAGCUUUAUAAUUCAGAAGAGAACCAACACAAAGAGAAUUCUAAGAGAAUUGGACCAGAAAGAGGAGAAUUCUGGGUUUUCUUCAGCCCUACCUAGGGAGGAAUGUAGAUAAAGAACAUGAGAGGCAGUGGAUCAAAGACAAACUCUUUAGCUCAAGUCAGCCCAAAGGGAAAGCUGAGAAGCCACAUUGAGCUAGAAUCCUUACCUGUGAAUGAAUCCAUGACAUCUGGAAUGCAGCAGAUGCUUCUUCCAGCCAGUCCUCAUGCAUCUUGAGGAGAAAAAAUUAAGAGUUAGAAAAUCUGAGUGUGAAUCUUGGAUUUGCCAUUAACUUACCAAUUAUAUCCCCUCAGUUUUUCUUUUUAAAAAUUCAAUUUUAUUUCAUUUUUCCAUCCCCCAUUCUUUCCCCUACCUUUCAGCUUCCCACUUGGAGAAGUCAAGGAAAACAAAAUUAUUACAAAUAUGCAGAGCCAUGCAAAACAAUUUUCUGUGUUAUGUGCCUCAGUUUGUGUUGGAUUGGGGUGUCUGUAAGAUCUUUUUUUAGCUCUAAAAAUCAACAUUCUGUUUUUGUAGAUCCCCUUCAGCUUUCACAUUUUAUACUUUAUGAUCUACAGACUUGUGUGCUAACAUUCUGUGUUUUAUGUUUAGGGCCCUCCCAUUUCUGACUUCCCUCCUGGCACUGGCAUUGUAGUAUUAAAUUUUUUUUUUUGGUUUUGAGCCUGUGUUUUUCUUUACUCAUACAGAAUGGUACCUCCCCCUUCAACUUAAAGCCUUAGAGAAAGAGUUACUUGAUUUUUUUUUUAAAUUAAUAAUUUAAUAAUUUUGCCUGGGAUCCCCCACAAUCAGUAUUCGUCAGGGGUGAUCUUCAUGACUCCAAGGCUGAUUCUCUAUCGGCUGUGUUGUAAUGCUUCUCAUGACUGUAUUCCAAUGAAAAGAAGUGCUUUUCCUGUGAGAUUUCUAAUGUUUCUGCUGUAAUCCAGAAGAUCAGGCUGGUCACAUUCGGAAUAGUAAACAUAGAGAUGACUUAUCACUGAGGGUCCAGUUCCAGGAGGCAAGAGAAGGCCACAAAAAUGCAACUCUACAGGUCUAGAUGUUUCUGUAUCUGUUUAAAGAUUUAGAAGAUUUGAACAAAAUCAGACAUGCGAAAUAAUGCAAAUUCUGCAAUAAACACGAAUGUUGUGGGAUUUUUUGUUUGUUUGUUUUUUUAAGGGAAUCUAAAAUACCGGAGAGAGAGAAGAUUGGGAGUUUGAGAAGGAAGUUAAACCUGAAUACCAAGAGUCAAGCAGUUCCUGAAUAAAUUGUUCCAGGUUUAGUGUGAUGUACAUAUUUUUGAGCUAAUAAACAAUGACUCAAGCAUUCAUUAUAUUCCAUGGGCAGGAACUUGAUGGUAGGUAUAAUCUUCAAUGGCCCCACAGAUUGGUUUGUUUUUUCAAGCUUUCAAAUUUCAUUUCUCUUAAAGUUAUUAUCAGUCAGUCAGCAAGUCAGUCAAGAAACUAUGGGAGCAGAACCAUCCAACAUCCAGAGUCAGAAUGGGUAGUCAUGUAAUCAAGAAACCUCAAUUCCAAUCCUGCCUCAGAUAUUAACUGUGUAACUCCCAGUCAUUAAAUCUCUGUGCCCAAAUGCCACCUUCUAUGUGAAGUGACUGCUGCACUCCCAUCCCAAACCACUUUGUAGUGAUUCUGUAUCUGUCAUUUAUGUGUUUAUGUAAUGGGGGAUUGGCCAAGGAAAAUUGAGAGCUGGGACCAUAUUUCCUGGUGUAUCUGAUUCUGGGUAUACAUGUUGGAGGAUUCUUCUCUCUCGAUUUGAGAGCCUGUGUAGAUAGAUAUUCUGUGACUACUUCUACUCUACUGUGUGACUUUUUAAUUGGCCUUUGAGUUGGAACUGGAACUAUACACAAAUGAUUCCCAUAUGGGCAACUCAAUCUUUUCCCCUGUUGCCUGUGUUCCAGUGAGGAGGACAAACUGUUGGGGACUUCUGGGUCAAGGAGGGACCCGGGUUGUUUCUCAUCUGAACCACUUCCAAUCUGAACAAUGCAUGGCUGUUCCAUUGCUUCUGUUUUUUUUAAAAAUCUUAUUUAUUUAUUUUUUGUGAACAAGUUUUUAUUUUCUCUCUCUCCCUCUUCACUUCUCAAUUUAAAAGGAAAAAAAAGCAAAAUUUUUGUAUCAAAUCAAGCAAAACAAAUUCACACAUUGUCCAUGUCUAAAAAUGUAUGUCUCCUCAGUGAGGAGAUGGGUAGCAUAAUUCAUCAUCAAUUCAAGAGAAUCAUGGUUGAUCAUUGCCUUGGUCAGAAUUUGUAAAUCUUUAAUAAAAGCUUUUUG